UUUAUUGUAAAUAAAAUGAUGAGAAAUGGUGGGAAUUAUGAAUUCGGUAAACGUCUACGCAGAUUAUUUGACAGCAGUUCAAUAAAUCGUAGACUAUUUAUAUUUAUUAUAUUCUGUAUAUUUAUAUUAUACUUUGGAUCAUCACUAGCUCAAUGGUUUUUCAAUAAUAAAACACCAGUAAAAGCAUUCGAAGAUGUUUGUCUCGAAGAUAAACUAUCAAGUGCUUAUGCAGAAGCACGUGUUUAUGAUGCAGUAAUAAUAGAACAUGCGGAUGAGUCGUCAUCGUCAUCAUCAUUAUCAUCAUCAACGUCGUUAUCAUUUAUGUCAUUUGAGGACAAAUAUUUACCUUAUAUAGGCAACGGGUUAUUUGGAAUUGAAAUUAAUGCGGAGAAUGCACGUGUGUACAUAAAACAUGACAGGACAUUAUCGUUGAAUACCCAGUGGGAUCCAUUAGUGGCGGUAAUACCCGAGGAUAAUAACAAUCAGAGGGUAGCUGACGUCAUCCACUUUACCCAAGGCGUCGUGUCCAGGUAUCAGUGUGCUAAAGAUGGCUAUUCAAUUACUCACAAGUAUUAUGUCCAUCAAGUCUUCGAUAAAAUACUGGUCCAGGACAUCACUGUCACGAAUCCUUCAUCAUCGACCCAAAGUCUUACGUUUAAAUUAAACACCAAUCAUUGGACUGACAGCAAAUCAACCAACUUCCAAGUUGACGGAUCUAAUCACAAGUACACGGUGACUUCCGGCUUUUUACCAUCACCUAAUUCAGAUAAAAUAAUUGUUAUGACAAUUGUUUACUCGGUACCGACACAAUAUUUGUCUGUAAAACCGAAAAGUACAACAAAAUUUGAAUUUUUAACGAGUAUUUGCUACAGCGAGCCAAUAACACUUGGUCAGUAUGAAAACGAACGUAAAAAUACUGAAAGAAAAGCCACCAAAGCAUUGAAAGAUGCUGUAAGUGUACAACAGCAGCAAGGAUUAUUAAAUCAGCAUACAAACGCUUGGCAAAGUUAUUGGAAUACUGGUUUCAGUAUCAGCGAUUCAAAAGCUAAAGGCGCUAUUAAUGGCCACAAAAUAAAUUCGACUAUUUACUAUGUGCUAUCACAAAUACCACGCGGUAUUGCUAACGUUGAAAAAUCUAUAGCAAACAACGAAGGCUGCUAUCGCGGGCAUCACACGCUCGACGCAGUAAAACUGUGGAAAGACACGUCCACAAUUGACGGAAUUAAUUCCGUGGUUAAAGCUUGGAUAAUAACACUAGCAAAACAAGGUUGUCAUCAUUUAUUAGCAGGCGGACCAUCAGCAGUACAACAAGCGAUCGUUUUAAGUCUUGGUGGGUUGAGAUUCAGUAAUCAGCAUCUAGAUUUCAAUAUCGAUCCGCAAUAUCUACAUCGUAAUUAUUUAUUUAGACGAAUUAAUUACGGUAAUAUUACGCACGUAAAUAUAUCAGUGACUGUUGGUACUGACAAUCGUGCAGUAUUGAGUGUCGCGUUGGAUCGUAGCGACAGCGAUUAUUACGCUUGUGAUGCUGGUUGUUUGGAUUCACCAGUACUUCUUAGUCAGUCUUAUACAAAUUUUCCAGUUAAAUUAACAAAACCACUAACGUCUAUACUAUAUAUUACUUCCGACUACCAGCAUAUGCAGGACCUUCGUAAUGUCCUGCAUGUACAUCAAGUUGAAGAGGCACCCGCUCAUGAUCACCACGUGAUGGCUCUCCAUAAGCACGGGCACCAACUCGGCGGUCUGCCCACAUUCUUCUGGGUCAGUAUAUGCUUUCUAAUAGUAGUAUUCCACAUGUUUUUGUGCAAACUUAUUUUUACUGAAUACUACGGGCGUCAGGAUCGCCAGCGAGGACGAUACAGCAAACCGUAGAUUUUAAUUUUUGUUAUUAAAUAAAUAAAUAACAAUUAAUUAUUUAAAAGAACAAAAUAAAAACACGUGUAAGUGUAUAUAUUUUUCGUAUUAAAGAAAAAAUAAAUGACUUAUUUAUUAUUUGUCGUAAUAAUAAAUUUUCUGUGUAUAAGAGAGAGAGAGAGAGAGGGGGGAGAGAAAAUUUUGAUAUAUACUUAACUAUUUUUAUAAGACUUUUAAAAAUUUAUAUAAAAAAUUUGAAUUUCGCGGUAUGUUAUUUAUUUGUACCAGCAUUC